AUAAUAGUCAGGCAAAUGUUGUGAAUUUGCGGCUGAAUUAGAAAUGAGCAUCUACCUUACAAUAGUCCUCCUGUUUUUUAUCUAUACAGUUAAGGUUCAUAUAAAAGCAUAUAGUCAAGAAUAUGAAAAUACUACGAAUAAAUUUGAUAGUGGUGAACAAGAACAUAUUGUAAUACCACAGUCUAUCAAUGAAGCUAACUUGAAGUUUUGCUAUUCUAAUUCAUAUCUUGGAAAUGAUACAUGGAUUCCAAUCGAAUCUGGUAACGAAACAAGUAUACUUGACUACUGGAUACACGGUUUACCUUUAAUACUUACAACUCAUGGAUGGCUUUCAUCGGAUAAAAACUUCAAAGGGGUAUUUAUCAUUAACACUGCCUAUAUCGACGUCGGUGGGUUUAAUGUCAUCUCAGUGGAUUGGAGUAGUAUUGCCGAAGAUCCUAAUUACCCAGUUCCUGCAGCCUUAACCAAAGCAGUUGGUUCUGCGAUUGCUAAAUUUUUGGACCGUUUGGUUGAUGUUACGGGAAUAGAUCCGUUACAUAUACAUUUAAUAGGUCACAGUCUUGGUGCCCACGUUGUAGGAUCGUGUGGUUUUCAUUUUAAAUCGGGAAAAAUCGGUAGGAUAACUGGUUUAGAUGCAGCCGCACCUGGAUACGAGGUAAUACCUAUUCAUUUACCACACUUGAACAAAGAGGAUGCUCAAUUUGUCGACUGUAUUCAUACAUCAAGAGGAAUUCUUGGCUACUUUACAAGUAUAGGCCACGCUGACUUCUAUCCCAAUUCCGGAAGAGCGCCUCAACCGGGAUGCCAUUCAUUAUUCAAUUUACUAGAUUUCUUGUAUUGCAGCCAUGCACGAGCAUAUGAACUUUAUGCAGACUCCGUGUACCAUAGAAAAUCUUUAGUUGCGGUAAAUUGUCCAUCGUGGAAAGAUUUUAAAGAUAAAAAAUGUGAAGGCAACACUCGUGAGUUUAUGGGGCACGACACAUCACCCAGUGCUAGAGGCGAUUUCUACUUAAAGACCAGAAAAACCAAUCCUUAUGGUACUAAUGUAUAAGUAUAAUGUACGUAUUUUAUAUUUUUAUUGUAUGAAUUAAAAACAUAUUAUAAUGUUCCUGUAUUUUAAUUCAUUGAUUGUCGAAAUCCAAUAUUAUGAUUUACCUGAAUCAAUAUUAAAAUAUAUUUAAGUAUACUAUAUUGGGACAAUGUAUUAUACUCAAAGAAUAAAUUCAUUAAAAUCAAUGGGUUAGGUUUUUAUGCACAAAAAUCUAUUUAAAUAUCUAAUACAAUGGUUGUAAUAAUAUUGAUUUUAUUUUUGUUAUUAUAAUUAAAACACAAUAUUAUUUAUGCCGCAGGCAGUGAAAGACAUACGU